CCCAUCAAUUUCUGUACUCCACACAUAUCAGUUAAGCCGACCAGUGAGUCUCGACGCUCCGUUUUGUGCUAUUUUAAAAUGGCCAGAGAGCAACAUCUCCUGUCUACCGAGAUUGUUAACAGGGGCAUUGAAUCUUCUGGUCCAGAUGCUGGAUCCUUAACAUUCUCCGUCAGGGUUCGUCGUCGCCUGCCAGACUUUGUGCAGUCGGUUAACCUCAAGUAUGUGAAACUGGGUUACCAUUAUCUGAUAAAUCAUGGGAUUUAUUUGGCCACCAUACCACUUCUGGUGCUGAUUUUCAGCGCGGAGGUAGGCAGCCUCAGCAGGGCGGAGCUGCGGCGAUUUAUUUGGGACAGCACUGCACGCUAUGAUCUUGCCACAGUGCUGGCAUUUCUUGGGGUCUUUGUGUUUACACUCUCUGCAUAUUUCAUGUCGCGGCCUCGAUCCAUUUACCUUCUUGACUUUGCAUGUUACAAACCCAUUGAUGAUUUCAAGGUGACAAAGGAGCAAUUCAUCGAGCUCGCAAGAAAAUCAGGAAAAUUCAACGAUGCUAGUCUCGAGUUCCAAAAGAAAAUCUUAGAGUCCUCUGGUAUUGGAGACGAAACCUACAUCCCAAGAUCAAUAAGUUACCCGGAAAAUAUUACUACAAUGAAAGAAGGUCGAGCUGAAGCAUCAAUGGUAAUAUUCGGAGCCCUUGACGAGCUUUUUGAAAAAACACGCAUUCGUCCAAAGGAUGUUGGAAUUCUCGUCGUCAACUGCAGCAUAUUUAAUCCGACGCCUUCUCUAUCGGCUAUGGUCAUAAAUCACUACAAGAUGAGAGGAAAUAUUUUGAGUUUCAACUUAGGCGGCAUGGGAUGCAGUGCUGGAAUUAUUGCAUUGGACUUGGCUAGUGACAUGCUUAAAGCAAACCCUAAUAAUUAUGCAGUGGUGGUGAGUACUGAAAUGGUGGGGUACAAUUGGUACCCUGGAAAAGAACGGUCAAUGCUUAUUCCAAAUUGUUACUUCCGGAUGGGCUGCUCCGCCGUGCUCCUCUCCAAUCGCCGCCGGGACUACCCUUUUGCUAAGUACAGGCUUGAACAUAUUGUUAGGACCCAUAAAGGUGCAGAUGAUCGGAGCUUCAGGUGCAUCUAUCAAGACGAAGAUAGUGAGAGGUUCAAGGGAUUAAAGGUCAGCAAAGAUUUGGUAGAAAUUGGUGGUGAUGCAAUCAAGACUAACAUCACAACAUUAGGACCCCUUGUCUUGCCCAUUUCAGAGCAACUCCUAUUCUUCUCUACACUUGUAUGGAGACUCUUUUCUGGCAACGGCGCACACUCCCAGCCAACGAGGCCGUACAUUCCCGACUACAAACUAGCGUUCGAGCAUUUCUGUUUGCACGCAGCGAGCAAAACAGUGCUCAAUGAGCUGCAGAGGAAUUUGGAACUGAGCGAAAAGAAUCUUGAAGCGUCUCGUGCUACAUUGCACCGUUUUGGCAACACAUCGAGUAGUAGCAUUUGGUACGAACUGGCCUAUCUCGAGGCGAAGGAGAGAGUCAAACGAGGAGACCGUAUAUGGCAACUGGCCUUCGGGUCAGGUUUUAAGUGCAACAGCGUUGUUUGGCGAUCAAUGCGUCGCGUCAAGAAGCCGUCCACGAAUCCGUGGCUCGAUUGCCUUGACAGGUACCCCCAGCAGGCUAUCUAGACCCGAUUCUCGAAAGGGACUUCUUGGCUACGCCAAAUUUUUAAGUGAUUUUCGAAGAUAAGAAAAUCCAUGCCUUAAGUUUGUUUUUAUAAUUAGCAUUACAAUACUUGUGACCUAUACGAGGUCUUGCUUCAAGCUAAAGAUGCACACUAAUACAAGUCAAGUACAACCUUGCAAGGCUGCAAAUAUUUUUACUUGGUGAUGAAUUCUAUUUGGUAUACAGGGACAAGUUAUUAUAUAAUUUUACUCGCUUUACUAAAAUUGGCGUGUCACAUCAACUUCUGUUAUGUAACUGUACAUGUUCACAUGUCAUGUCCAAAAUAUUGGAUCGAACAUUAUUGUAAUGAAUAAGAUUAAAAAAGUAAAGCAUGUUAAAUGUUCGUUGUUUA